CGCACACAGCUUGUCGGGAGGUCCCGAGCCUGAGGCGAACAAUGGCGGAGCUAGGUGAGGCGGACGAAGCGGAGUUGCAGCGCCUGGUGGCGGCCGAACAGCAGAAGGCGCAGUUCACUGCACAGGUGCAUCACUUCAUGGAGCUAUGUUGGGACAAAUGUGUGGAGAAGCCAGGGAAUCGCCUGGACUCCCGCACGGAACACUGUCUCUCUAGCUGUGUGGACCGCUUCAUUGACACUACGCUUGCUAUCACCAGUCGGUUUGCCCAGAUUGUACAGAAAGGAGGGCAGUAGGCCUUCCCCUCGGAGAAUGACCACGGAAGCAGCAAAGGACUUAUUAUUAAGCAGAUUUUGAAGGGCCACUGGGGGAAGGUUGUCAGCCCGUUGUCAGGUUAACUUCAGGCUGUUACCAAGCCUGUUGGUGCUAAAAAGUAACAGAUCAAAUGUUCAAAAAGUGACAUUUAUUUAUUGGGAAUUCAGAAAUUCCAUCUUGUAUCACAACAAUUAUUCAAUAAAUGUGAAUUCUCCAACU